AUGUCUUUCUCGGCGUCCCGUAUGCUUUUGCGCACCNCCCAGAUUGGCCGCCUCGCUGUGCGCCACGCCUCGACCACAUCCGAAGCAGCCAAUGCUGCCUCCAACGCUGCCUCCAACGCUGCCUCCAAGGCCACAACCCAGGCCUCGCAGGGCCUCUCAAAAGUCUCGUCGUCGGCCGAGUCUGGCAUCUCAAAGGCUGCCGGAGCUGCCACCAACGCCAUGAACAGCGUCGGCGGUCGCACCGGUCAGGUCAUCAGCUUCGUCCAGUCCAUGAUUCCUCCCACCGUCUACUACGGCAAGGUCGGCCUCGAGCUCGCCAGACUCGUCGCCCGCGGCCAGAAGAUGAGCCCUCCGUACGUCACGCUUAUCGGGCAAUGGUUGUGCGCCUCAGCUUACGUAUUUGGCAGUAAUGUCCAGACUUUCCAGACCUAUGGCCAGAACUUGAUGAGCGCCGUCAAGAACCCCAGCGCCAACAGCCCGUCGAACCCCUUCCAGGCCAUGCGCAACAUUGGCAGCUCCCAACUCCUUACUGCCGGCGUUGUGACGGCCGAGAUUCUCGGAUUCUUCACGGUCGGUGAGAUGAUUGGACGCAUGAAGCUCAUUGGCUACCGAUCGAGCUCUCACGACGAGCACCACUAG